GGGCCGGGGCGGCGCCGCCAGGGACGCGCGGGGCCCAGCAGGUGACCCGGGCCGGAGCCCGAGCCGAGCCCGCGCGGCCGCAGCUGGGAGGCGGCUGAAGUUGGCCGGAACAUGGCGGAGUAGCCGGGGCCAGGUCGCCGCCGCCAUGGCCCGUUGGAUCCCCACCAAGAGGCAGAAGUACGGGGUUGCCAUCUAUAACUUCAAUGCCUCUCAAGAUGUGGAGCUCUCCUUGGAGAUCGGAGACACGGUUCACAUCCUGGAGAUGUACGAGGGUUGGUUCAGAGGAUACACCCUCCAGAAUAAAUCUAAAAAGGGCAUUUUCCCAGAAUCAUAUAUCCAUUUGAAGGAGGCAACUGUGGAAGAUAGAGGGCAGCAUGAGACCGUGAUUCCUGGUGAGCUGCCCCUGGUCCAGGAGCUCACAUCCACACUGCGAGAAUGGGCUGUCAUCUGGCGCAAGCUCUAUGUGAACAACAAGGUCAUACUCUUCCGCCAGCUGCAGCAGAUGACCUACAGCCUGAUCGAGUGGCGGUCCCAGAUCCUUUCUGGAACACUCCCCAAGGAUGAGCUGGCAGAACUUAAGAAGAAGGUCACAGCCAAAAUUGAUCACGGGAACAGAAUGCUUGGGUUAGAUCUGGUAGUGCGUGACGACAAUGGGAACAUCUUGGACCCGGAUGAAACCAGCACCAUUGCCCUCUUCAAGGCUCAUGAAAUAGCCUCAAGAAGGAUUGAGGAAAAGAUUCAGGAAGAAAAGUCAAUUCUGCAGAACGUGGACCUGCGGGGCCAGUCCAUCUUCAGUGCCGUCCACACCUAUGGCCUCUAUGUGAACUUUAAGAACUUUGUCUGCAACAUUGGAGAAGAUGCGGAGUUGUUUAUGGCCCUCUAUGACCCCGACCAGUCUACCUUCAUCAGUGAGAACUAUUUAAUUCGUUGGGGCAGUAACGGAAUGCCAAAGGAGAUAGAGAAGCUCAAUAACCUUCAGGCCGUCUUUACUGAUCUCAGCAGCACGGACCUCAUCCGGCCCCGCAUCAGCCUUGUGUGCCAGAUCGUCCGCGUGGGCCACAUGGAGCUAAAGGAGGGGAAAAAGCACACCUGUGGACUCCGAAGACCUUUUGGGGUGGCAGUGAUGGACAUCACUGAUAUCAUUCAUGGGAAGGUGGAUGAUGAAGAAAAGCAGCAUUUUAUUCCCUUUCAGCAAAUAGCAAUGGAGACCUAUAUUCGGCAGAGACAGCUAAUCAUGUCACCAUUGAUAACAUCCCAUGUGAUUGGGGAGAAUGAGCCACUCACUUCGGUCCUGAAUAAAGUGAUAGCAGGAAAGGAAGUAAAUCACAAAGGACAAGGGCUCUGGGUGUCUUUGAAGCUCUUGCCCGGUGACCUCACACAGGUUCAGAAGAACUUUUCCCACUUGGUGGAUAGAUCUACAGCAAUAGCUCGGAAAAUGGGCUUCCCUGAAAUAAUACUUCCAGGAGAUGUUCGUAAUGAUAUAUAUGUUACCUUAAUCCAUGGGGAGUUUGACAAAGGAAAAAAGAAGACCCCGAAGAAUGUGGAGGUGACCAUGUCUGUAUAUGAUGAGGAGGGCAAGCUCCAGGAAAAAGCAAUUCAUCCUGGUGCUGGAUAUGAAGGCAUUUCCGAGUACAAAUCAGUAGUCUACUAUCAAGUCAAGCAGCCCUGCUGGUAUGAGACUGUCAAGGUGUCCAUUCCUAUAGAAGAAGUUGCACAUUGCCAUAUAAGAUUUACCUUCCGACAUAGAUCAUCUCAGGAAUCCAGAGAUAAAUCGGAGCGAGCCUUUGGGGUGGCCUUCGUGAAACUGAUGAAUCCUGAUGGCACCACUCUGCAGGACGGGAGGCAUGACCUGGUGGUUUAUAAGGGUGACAACAAGAAAAUGGAAGAUGCUAAGUUCUACCUGACCCUUCCUGGGACCAAAUUAGAGAUGGAAGAAAAAGAGCUUCAAGCAUCCAAAACUCUGACCAACUUUACUGCAAGCAAGGAGAGCACAAAAGAUAGCUUUCAGAUUGCCACCCUCAUUUGCUCCACAAAGCUCACACAGAAUGUUGACCUGUUAGGCUUAUUAAAUUGGCGUUCAAACUCCCAGAACAUUAAACACAACUUAAAGAAGUUAAUGGAGGUGGACGGAGGAGAGAUUGUUAAGUUUUUGCAAGAUACACUAGAUGCACUUUUUAACAUAAUGAUGGAGAAAUCUGACAAUGAAACAUACGAUUUCCUUGUAUUUGAUGCACUGGUUUUUAUUAUUUCACUAAUAGGAGACAUCAAGUUUCAGAAUUUUAAUCCUGUCCUUGAAACCUACAUUUACAAGCACUUCAGCGCCACGCUGGCCUAUGUGAAACUCUCCAAGGUACUGAACUAUUAUGUGGCUAAUGCAGAUGACUCCAGCAAGACAGAAAUGCUCUUUGCUGCUUUGAAAGCCUUAAAGUACUUGUUUCGAUUUAUCAUCCAAUCUCGAGUACUCUACUUGAGAUUUUAUGGCCAAAGUGAAGAUGGAGAUGAAUUUAAUGAUUCAAUCCGUCAGUUAUUUCUUGCUUUUAAUACGCUAAUGGACCGACCCCUGGAGGAGGCUGUCAAGAUCAAGGGGGCAGCUUUGAAGUACCUUCCAAGCAUAAUUAAUGAUGUCAGACUUGUGUUUGAUCCCGUGGAGCUCAGUUUGCUCUUCUGCAAGUUCAUCCAAAGCAUUCCUGACAACCAGUUGGUGCGCCAGAAACUCAACUGCAUGACCAAGAUAGUAGAGAGCAGUCUUUUUCGACAGUCAGAGUCCAGAGAGAUGCUGCUGCCUCUGCUCAUAGACCAGCUCAGCGGCCAGCUGGAUGACCACUCCAGCAAGCCCGACCAUGAGGCCAGCUCGCAGCUCCUGAGCAACAUCCUGGAAGUGCUGGACCGGAAGGAUGUGGGCCCCACAGCACCAAAUAUAAAGAAUAUCAUGGAGCGGCUCCUGAGACGAAUCAACCGGACUGUGAUUGGGAUGAACCGACAGUCUCCCCAUAUUGGAAGUUUUGUUGCUUGUAUGAUUGCCAUCCUGCGGCAAAUGGAAGACUGUCACUACAGCGAGUACAUUAGUACUUUCAAAACCGUCCAGGACAUAACUGACUUCCUCAUGGAAACUUUCAUCAUGUUUAAGGAUCUGAUUGGAAAGAAUGUCUAUGCCAAAGACUGGAUGGUGAUGAAUAUGACACAGAGCAGGGUUUUUCUCCGUGCUAUAAACCAAUUUUCUGAUGUUCUCACACGAGUCUUCAUGGAACAGACGAACUUUGAACUUCAGCUCUGGAACAAUUACUUCCACUUGGCGGUAGCAUUUCUCACCCAUGAGUCUCUUCAGCUCGAAACCUUCUCACAAGCUAAGCGCAACAAAAUUUUGAAAAAAUAUGGGGACAUGAGAAAGGAAAUCGGCUUUAGAAUCCGGGACAUGUGGUAUAACCUGGGUCCCCACAAAAUCAAAUUCAUCCCAUCCAUGGUGGGACCCAUUCUGGAGGUCACACUGACCCCUGAAGUAGAGCUCCGGAAAGCCACCAUCCCCAUUUUCUUUGAUAUGAUGCAGUGUGAGUUCAAUUUCAGUGGGAAUGGCAAUUUCCACAUGUUUGAGAAUGAGUUGAUCACAAAGCUGGAUCAAGAGGUAGAAGGGGGAAGAGGAGAUGAACAAUACAAAGAGCUGCUGGAAAAACUGCUCCUAGAACAUUGCCGGAAGCACAAAUACCUCUCCAGCUCUGGAGAAGUCUUCGCACUCCUGGUCAGCAGCCUCUUAGAGAAUCUCUUAGACUACAGGACCAUCAUCAUGCACGAUGAGAGCAAGGAGAACCGCAUGAGCUGCACAGUCAACGUACUGAAUUUUUAUAAAGAGAAGAAGAGAGAGGACAUCUAUAUAAGAUAUUUGUACAAGCUGCGGGACUUGCACCGAGACUGUGAGAAUUAUACAGAAGCUGCCUAUACGCUGCUCUUACAUGCUGAGCUUCUGCAGUGGUCUGACAAGCCCUGUGUGCCCCAUCUGCUUCAGAGGGACAGUUACUAUGUCUAUACCCAGCAGGAGCUUAAAGAGAAGCUGUAUCAGGAAAUCAUCUCCUAUUUUGACAAAGGCAAAAUGUGGGAGAAGGCGAUCAAACUGAGCAAAGAGUUGGCAGAGACGUAUGAGAGUAAAGUGUUUGACUACGAGGGCCUUGGCAAUCUCCUGAAAAAAAGAGCUUUGUUUUAUGAGAACAUCAUCAAGGCCAUGAGACCUCAGCCUGAAUACUUCGCUGUUGGAUACUACGGGCAGGGCUUCCCUUCUUUCCUGCGGAAUAAAAUCUUCAUCUACCGAGGGAAGGAAUAUGAGCGGCGAGAGGACUUCAGCCUGAGGUUGCUGACCCAGUUCCCCAACGCGGAGAAGAUGACAAGCACCACCCCCCCAGGAGAAGAAAUCAAGGCCUCCCCAAAGCAGUACAUGCAGUGUUUCACCGUCAAACCCGUGAUGAGCCUGCCGCCCAACUACAAGGAUAAGCCAGUUCCAGAGCAGAUUUUAAACUACUACCGAGCCAACGAAGUGCAGCAGUUCAGCUAUUCCCGGCCAUUCCGGAAAGGAGAGAAGGAUCCCGACAAUGAAUUUGCUACCAUGUGGAUAGAAAGGACCACGUAUACCACAGCAUAUACCUUUCCUGGGAUUCUCAAGUGGUUUGAAGUCAAACAGAUUUCCACAGAGGAAAUUAGCCCUCUGGAGAACGCCAUCGAGACCAUGGAGCUCACCAACGAGAAGAUCAGCAACUGCGUGCAGCAGCACGCCUGGGACCGUUCCCUGUCCGUGCACCCACUCUCCAUGCUGCUUAGUGGCAUUGUCGACCCUGCCGUCAUGGGGGGCUACUCCAACUAUGAGAAGGCAUUUUUUACAGAGAAAUACUUGCAGGAGCAUCCUGAAGACCAGGAAAAGAUUGAGCUACUGAAACGGCUCAUAGCAUUGCAGAUGCCUUUAUUGACAGAGGGGAUCCGCAUUCAUGGGGAGAAGCUGACGGAGCAGCUGAAGCCGUUACAUGACCGCUUGUCUUCUUGCUUUAGGGAACUGAAGGAUAAAGUAGAAAGGCUCUACGGGGUGAUCACACUGCCCCCCAACUUGACUGAAAGGAAGCCAAGCCGCACAGGGUCUAUGGUGCUCCCCUACAUCAUGUCCUCUACUCUGCGGAGAUUGUCUAUCACUUCCGUGACCUCCUCUGUGAUUUCCACCUCUUCCAACUCAUCAGAUACUGCUCCCUCCAGACCAGGCUCUGAUGGGUCCAUUUUGGAGCCACUUUUGGAACGUAGAGCGUCCUCGGGUGCCAGAGUUGACGACCUGACACUUAAAGAGGACAGUGAGAACCGGAUCAACAAGUUGAAGAGAAAAGACUGGAAUCUGAGCAAGUCCCAGGUCAUUGCAGAGAAAGAACCAGAACCUGAUCUGAUGAGCCCAUCCAAAAAAGCACAAAGACCAAAGAGUCUUCAGUUGAUGGACAAUCGGCUGACACCAUUUCAAGGUUCUCCACCUCCUCAGUCAAUACCCCUGAGCCCACCUCCACUCACUCCCAAAGCUACCAGGACCCUCAGCUCUCCAUCUCUGCAGACAGAUGGAGUGUCAACCACUACUGUCCCACCUCCACCGCCUCCCAAGACCAGCCAGAGGAACUCCACAGAGAUUGCUCCCCCACUGCCUGUCAGAAGAGAUGCCAAGGCCCCACCCCCUCCACCUCCAAAAGCUCGGAAAUCUGGAGUCCUUUCUUCUGAGCCUGGAUCCCAAUGAAGGUUCUAC